AUGAGUGCAGGAGGAGCAUUUGGCGGAAAUAGAGGCGCAAGACCUGUGCCGCCUGAAAAAGGAGUUUUUCCGUUGGAUCAUAUGCAUCUAUGUGACCUGGAAAAGAAAGAUUACAUCAGUUGUCUGAAGUCCGAGAGCCAUAAAUCUGAAAAAUGUAGACAGUUUUCUAAAAAGUACCUGGAAUGCCGUAUGGAAAAGAACCUGAUGGCAAGGCAAGAUAUGUCAGAACUUGGAUUUAGAGAUGUUAAGGAUUUGCAAGCUUCUGCAAAUGAAAGUGUCACUCUGAAGAAUCUAUAA